UUCGAAAUUUUCCAGGAUUUUGAUUAAAAAUUUCUGGGAAAGUUUUUCAUAGUCUUCUUGUCUCAAGUUUCACCGUCAAUCUUUUCGCACAGGCGGACAUUUCAAUAACUAAUAUACAAACUUUCCUGCGCUUCGCAACUAAAUACUUCCAACCUUGAUAUGCCAGCUGAUUUCAAGUUUCAGGAAACUUUCGGUACUGUAGUAAGCAAUUUCGGUAUACACACUCCUGUUUAUGUAAUAUGUUUUAUCAAAUCAAAUGGUUGUUUUGAUUUAUUUCCAUUAUACUGGGGAAAUUUCUCAAGAAAUUAUCAUAAAAUAAAUAUUAUUGAUAUAAUAUUACGUAUAUUAUUUUCAUAGGGCCAAGUAUACGAGUGAAAAAUACCGCUCCAAUUUUUUGACCAUUAAAAAUAUUUUCUUUUGUUUUAUGUAUCGAAGAUGACGUUUGUCCAAACAUGUCGGAAAUAUUUUAUCAGUGCAUUUCAAAAUUAGGAGUACCAAGAAAGUGUGGAACGUCUAUUAUGUUUUUAUAUUGUAAUAUUAAUGAUUUGUUUGUAACUUAUAAAUUUAAUAAAUAUUUCUAAAUAAAUAUAAUUUAUCGCAUUGUAUAAAAAAUUGCAAAUUCGAAAACCAAAGUGUAGCCAGAAAGCUGAAACCGAUGAUAUCCAAAUAUUUCAAGAAGAAUAAAAUAUGUAUGAAAAUAAGAAAAGUCCAGAGAAAAACAUUAUAUAUUUGACUAUGUUACAAAACUUAAAGGAAGAAGAAGAAGAAGAAUUAAAAAUUUUAAAUGAACCUUUCCGUCAAUAUUUAAUGAAAUAUAUUUUUCCAACAUUGACUCAAGGACUUAUUCAAGUGGCAAAAUUGCGUCCUGCUGAUCCUGUUGAAUAUCUUGCCGAGUAUCUGUUUAAAGCAAAUCUUGAAGGAAAGAUGUUUGAACCUGAUUAUACAGAAAUAACUAGCAGUUUACUUGAUGAUAUACAAACAUUUUUUUGUACUUCUACAAUUCCAUAAAUCGAAUUGACACUUGAACAAAAUGAAAUAAUUUUGAGAAGAAAUAGCAGAAAAGAAAUUGAUAAAAAUAUGAUUGAGAAAGAAUUAUUAUUCAGUAAAUAUGAAAUAGAAGUAGAGAGCAAUGUGACAAACAGUUUUGAAAUUUCUGCACUUAAUUUUUCGGAAUUAUAAUUGCCUUAUAUUUAACUUGCACUCAUUAAAUAAUAUUUGCCAUUUCACAUUAGUACACGGAAAAAUUUUUGGUGCAUUCUGGUUUGAUAAUAAAAGUCGCGGUAUAGUUUUACGAAUACCUUUAACUGAAAACAUUUUACGAAAACUGAAAUUAUUAUUUCUUAAUUCAAAUCUACAAUUUUUACUAAAUUUAUACGAAAAACAAGAACCAACAUUUCGUAAUUUGCUAAAACUAUACGAAAAAGCAGGAGCCGUGAAAAAAAGAAGAACGUCGGAACCACCAAUGGCUCUUUUCUCAGGUUUUCUCUCCUUUUCUAUUCGAGGGUAGUGGGGGUAAUACACACUUAAUACACACACAUAACUGGUACGCUUUGAUUGGCUUAAAAUUAUUCCUAACACAUCCUAACUGAAAUGAGCUGAAAUGAGAAAUUGUGGACUUCUUUAUAUACUAAAUAGACAGAUUUUUCUGCACUU